UCUUGGGCUGGGGGAAUAGUUAGGUGUGUCUGGAGUGCUUCUUAAAUUAGGCUAAUACAGGUUUGGUAACCAUAAAUCUCCAGAGUCAAAAGAUGAAUUAUUAAAUUUGGGGACAAAGAGCUGGGAGUUUGCCCAAUUGCGCUGGCUAAUAUUUAUCUCCUGAUUGACUCCACACAAAAGCAACUUAAGUUGAGGAGCUUCCUGUGAGCGAAUUUGCUGCUGCAUUUACUAUGUUGAGACAGUGACUGCACUUCAAAAGUGUCUCUCUGACUAUUUAAAUAUACUUCAGUGUUCCAGGCUGAGAUAUUCACAGUAAUCUUCAAGCAAGACCAUGUGCAGUAAACGCCACAAUCCAGUGGAGAGCAUUUGCAAAAAACUCCAGACCAUUCAGAAGAGGGAUCAGAUGUCCAACCCUGUGCUGCAAAUUCCGAAAUUUCGCUCCCGAAACUUUGACAGCCCUCAGAUCAGCGUCAAGAAGAACAUGGAGGUGAUUCUGAGGAAUAGAACAGUGGAGAAUCAUAUGGUGGAGCAGGGAGUUAACAUCGCUGUUGCAAAUUGUGCGCCGUCACCCGAAAUCUCAACAGGCCAACCAGGAAAGCCUCCCACCGUCAGUUCUACUUACACAGUGGUCAGCUCCAUUGGAGGGAUGUUCUCCAAACCACUGCAUUGCUGCGGAGCUCAGAGCUGCUCCACUCCACUUAGUGAGUGUGAGAGAAACAUUACCAACUUGAGUCAACCCCAUUCAGCCAUUAUUAACAUUGAGCAUCGUAUAGUGGCCAGCGAUGACUGUAGCCCAGUGAACUCCUCCAAAUUUAAUUUCUACACCCGCUUGCACAAAACACAGUCACCUGUAGCAAAGAAACUAUCCUUAGAUGAGACAAGUGUAAACGAGCCUGCAGUGGUAAACAGAAUGGAAAAUGUCGAAGAUAUGAGUUUGAUCUGCGAGGAAGAUUUGCUGGAUACUAUUUUUUAUGCCUGCGACACAAAGCACAGAGGAAAAGUGCCUGUUUCUAUGAUUGUGGACUACCUGCGACACACCACAAGCCGUAGUUCUGAGGACAGUGGCCUUGAGGAUUUGUGUAACAUGCUGGACCCAGAUAAUAAGGAUGUGUCCAUUGAUCUGGGCACCUAUCGUGCAGUCAUGAAAGAAUGGAUUGAAGACUGUAGGAGGAAAAGUUUCCAUGAAGACACUCAAGAAGUUGUAAAUGUUAAUGAAGAUGUUGUCCAACAUCGCGAUGGACUUGUAUCAGGAAUCAAAUUUUCUGAUGCAACUGAUGGAACAGUGGGAAGCUUGGAGGCACUUGGUGGGGAAAUUUCGAAAGGAGACUUGGAGACGUCCGAUUUAAUUUCUUGUAUUGCUGAUCUCCAAUACAACCACCAAAAGCUUCAGGAUCAGAAUCUGAAGUUACGAUUGGUGGUUGAGGCCACAGAAGAAAGUAAUCAUCGAUUAAUGGAAGAAAAUGAAGAGCUCCUCACCCAGGUGAAAAGUGCUCAGCAGACCAUUUUAAUAGAAAAGUCUUUGAAAGAAGAUCUGGAAGAUUUGAGGAUACAGAUGUGUACUUUACAAGAGAGCAACGAAAAGCUUAUCCUUCAGAAUAAGCAGGAGGCGAAGGACAAUCAAUCCCUAAUUCAGAAGAUUGCCUCACUCCAGGAAGAGAAUCUAAAAAUUGCCAUAGAGAUGGAGGCACUUCAUGACAGGAUUGCUGUGCUGUGCAAUGAUAAGACAGAGCUUCAGAUGCGGUUAACUGAUCUUGACAAUCUAGUGCAUAACAAGGACGCAGCUUUGCUCGAGAGGGAUAAUCAUAUUGAGGAACUUAAGAAUUCCAUUGUUGAAUAUUCCUUGGUGGUAGAGGCCUUGAGAAUGGAGAAGACAAAAUUAGAAAAUCAACUGCUAACACAACAGGAGUUAGCUUCCGAGUGCAUUAAGUUGCCGGAAAUGCCCCAAGAUGGACACGACCUAACCAAGAGACCAAGCUCCUUGCAGUCAGAGCUUUUAAAUGCUCAAUGUGUUUUUGAGGUGGACAGUUCUGAAUGGUCAACGGUCUCUGAAUGCACCUUUGAUGAGACCCUGGAUAAGGAGGUCUUAAUGCUAAUGCAAGGUCCUAGGACAGAGGAGGCCACUAUUCGAUUCAAAACGAUCACAACUCAGAUGACAAAGGAGCUCUCUGGAGAAAUUGAAACGCUGGUGACGUGGUUGAAACAAAUAGUUGAACUGAAAAUAAACUGUGAAGGUCUGAAUGAAGCUAAGCUUGAGCACCUGAGGAAUAAUCUGCAGGAAAAAAGGCAUCUGUGGCUUCAGAACAUCUCUGACUUGGAAGAACAGAAGCUGGCUGUGGAUCGGGAGUAUGUCAGAUUGGCGAGCAACUUUCGGAGAAGCAAAACAGAGCAACUGCACCUGAAGAAGAGAGAAGCCACUAGGCUGCAAGAACUUGAAGCCCAGAAGCAGCUAACAGAGACAGCGGCAGCUGCUGUGAAACUUCAGCUGUACCAAGUUGCUCAACAGCUCGAAGAUCUGCAAAAAGAGGUCUGUGACAAGAACAUUGCAUUAGCCUCAGUCAGAGCAGAGACACAAGUGUUACAGCAUGAACUGGAGGAAGCUGUCACUGAGAGGCAGAACCUCCACUCAAUAAAUCAAGCUCUAUCAGAUACUAUCAAAACACUGGAACAAAACCUAAACCAGCAGCAAACAACCAUUCGAUCACUGAGCAAGAAACUCUUCCAGCAAGAAUUGUGUGGAUUGCAGACUCAGACAAGACGUUGCUACAAAGGCUUGUGGAUAGAUAUUCCCCAAAGUUUGCAACUGAACCAAGUUCCUCAAGACUCACUGCCAUGUACUCGACAAUGGAUGCUCCUUAACUCUGUAACCCCAUACUCCUGCUCAUCACUGCUGGAUGCCUUACUGUUGGAGGACUUUUAUCCAGUGCCUCCCUUCCAAAAUUCCCUCAACAUUUACUGCAACAACAUAGAACAGCAAAAGCUUAUGGCUUCCACAAAUGAGCUCCUUGAUAUCCAGCCUAGGUGCAAGUUACACACAGCCCUGCGGACCGAGGGAGAGAUUUCUGUUCCUGCAACGAGCGGAGAGCAUCUGAACAAGGUCGGAGCUGACAAAGGAGUGAACAGUCAUGAUCUGCUUCAACCCAGUGAAGACCUCGACCACAAUCUGCCUGACCUAACUUGUACUGGCCCAGUGGAUAUCUCCACAAUGUCUGGGUCCAGUGCCUCAAGUACUUCCAUAAAGCGACCCGAUAACGGCUUGCAGCCUCAGGAAGCUGUAAAAACACUUGAUGCAGUUAGUGAAAACAAUGCUGAUAUGCAUGGCAAAAUUAGAGAUAGCAUAGCAGAUGGCCCAGGUCCUAUAGAUGGCAGCCUGCUCACCUGCAAACACCAGAGUUCCAAGACAGAUCGAGUGGGGUCCAGGAACAAAGUGAAAAUUAACUUGGAAGCUACUCGAGGUUCUGUGGCUGUAGAGGAAUUAAGCCCAAGUGAAUUGCAAGCUGUCCAUUCCAGACCACUCCAUGAUGUUCAAGCAGCAAAUUAUCAGUCUCCUGGUUGUAAGAUUCAAGAUCUACUGAACCUACAGAGAACCUUGAAUACUGAACAGGACAUGGAGGCUGAAUUUCUCCGAUUUUCGUUAGCUUUCAAGUGCGACAUCUUUACUCUCGAUAAGAGAUUGCGGCUGGAGGAGCGAUCCAGAGAUUUAGCUGAAAUAAAUUUGAAGAAAGAGAUUGAGAAAUGUCACCAAGCACUGCAGAUAGUGAAGCCUCUGUGUGAAGAACAGCAAUUGCUGGAGACCUUUGAGAAACUAGAGCAAAGUCUUGAGAUGCUCACACAGACGAUCAGCCGAGUGGCCAGCCGGGCUGAAAUGUUAGGAGCCAUUCACCAGGAGAUGCGGGUCAGCAAGGCUGUUGAAGUUAUGAUCCAGUAUGUUGAAAAUCUGAAGCGUAUGUACGCAAAGGAGCACACAGAACUGGAAGAAAUGAAGCAGCUUCUUCAGAAUGGCAAUGCCGGCAACUCAUUCAGAGAAAUCCAAGAUGAGCUGCAAAAUAAAAAGUUCCUUUCUACGCAUACAUUUGGCAAAAAUGCCCCACGGAGAGUCAGCAUUGCAACAAUUCCGAGACACACUGCAGGAACACAGUUGGACACGUUGAAGCUGAAGGAAAUGGAUGAUGGAAGAAGGAAGUCAGAAGGAGACCAGGACAAGUUGCGGAACAAGCUUAACAGAAAGUUAAGCAGUUGGAAAAUUCUAGGAUCUAAAGAAAAAGAUCCAUGUACAGCACGACCAACACUGCAUCGACUUAUAAGCACCUGUACCUGGGGUGACAAAGACAAUCAGGGUAGGAAUGCACCAGCAUUAGAUUCACAAGAGGAAGAGAAAGAAAAGGACGUGGAAGAAGAAGCUAUCUUAACUGAACCAGAAAAGAAGUCUCCAAAUGCUGAGCCAUGUGUUGUUUAUAGAGGGAUAUCGCGGCAUCUUGUGGAAUUGUGGGAUACGUUUUCCAAAGGUGACCGAUUACCUUGGCUGCCUAUUAUACUCUUUUUCUCACUAAGCAUUUUGGGCAGCUUUCUCAUUGGCUGGACAUUCCACACAUCUGUUGAUGCUGCCUCCGUGGUCUCUGGGGACUCGUGGAAAGUGAUACAGCAGUUUCUGUGGCCUUACACAGAACUUCGACACAAUGGGCAGCCCCCUGUAUAACUUACAGUUCCAUUUCCCAGCCAAGUGGGCUCUGCGUUGCAACUCUCAGAAUCCUCUUGAUUGUCAGCUGAGUGGCUCGAAACGGAAUGGGAUUAUGUUAAAACUAAAGUACGUUGUUUAAGAUUUUAACCUUGACAAAUUAUGGUACACAGGAAAGUAUUAAAUAGUGGACAAAACACUUUUCUGGAUUGUCUAUACAUUUGGAAAAUCUUUUUUUAUGAUACAAGAGGUGAUUUUACAAUAGCUGUUCAACUCUAAUUUUUUGCCUGUUAAAGGCAAAUUUGGUCACUAAAACAGGUAGAGUAUUUGGCUGUUCUUCAUGUGAAGUUCCCAAUCGUUGAGUUUUUUAAAUGGAUAAAUAUUAAUGUAAAAAGCAGCAAGAUUAACAUGUCUAUAAAGUUAAUAAGUUUAGAUGUACUUGUGUAAAUCAUACUCAAUAAAGUCUUCAGUUAACCUGCA